GCAGACAAGUAACGUUACCCGCCUCUGGAUUCCACGAGCUAGCUGAAGCAGAUAGAUGUAACGUUAACGUUACCUUUAUAGUUUCCUUAUUUUGGUGCUAUGUUGCAGAGUCUCACAGCCACACUGAGUUUCGAUUAGUGUAUGAUUUUUCAAAUAAUUUCUGCAUAUUGCAUUGCGUAAAUGGCAGACUUGGAGAUGCCAGGCAAAACACAUGGAGUCGGAGUCUUCUUAGAGCUGAGGAAGAGACUGCAGAGCGGACUGCUUAUUGUCGGGAAAGACGUGGCCACGAGUCCUGCCGAUGUGGUGGUGACAGGUGGAGAGUCCUCUCUCCACAUCCAGACUCCCAGAGGCCAGCUGAGCCUGACUUUGCCGGCAGGAGUCACCUUCGAGCAGGGAUCCUGCGUGCCGACGCCCGCGGGAGAGUCCCGUGGAGAGGAGCUGCAUUUCAGACUGCGCAUCGGAGUCACGCCAAGCCCAGACGGAGAGGCUCCUGACAGCACGGUGGAGACGCUCCGGGCCAAAGAGACUUAUUGCUUCCACUGCCAGGGCUGCAUGACCAGGCUGCUGGAGGACAGAAAGUUUAAGCGAGUCCUUCCUCUGCCUAAUGGCAACUGGAACGCCAUCGUGGACGACUGGUGUUGCCACCCCGACCCGUUUAACAAGAAGCUUUUGCCCCGAGCGGAGGACUGCCUGCUGGGGGACACCUUCCUCCUGCUAGCCAAAGAUGGCGGCUGUGCUGAGACUCUCACCGAGGAGGUGAGCUUGGUUGGCUCGGAGGACGCUCACGACUCAAAGAAAUCCUGCCGACGACUGGUGCUCAUCUUCUGCAAGAGCUGUUCAUCUGUGCUGGGAGAAGCUGUGGCACCAGAGACACUGAAACUGUACAUCACACAGGUGGUGGUGGAGCCCGCUGUGGGAGACCGAAUGCCAGAAGCUUCACUUAACAGAUCGCUCUUCCUGGAGCAGACCGUAGCAGCCAGGCUGUUGGGGCUGUCCACCUCACUGAGCACCUUCCACUUCUCCAUCCAAACCCCCGAUGGAAAAGCCUUCUUAUUGGUCUGGCUGCUGAACAGCGACUCCAUCACGGCGUCAAUCCCGGAGUCGUGUGUCGGGGCCGAGCAGUCCCUCGACUCCCCGGCUCUUCACGGUCCGUCUCCCGGAGCCGCCAGAGCUCUGAAGCUCCUCUACGCCUCCUGCUCCGACACGGGCGCCCAGCAGAGAGACCUCGUAACGAGCUGGGAGGCCAACGCCAUAGGACAACCCGUGGAGCUGCCGCUGAGCGUGUGUGAGCAGCUGCUGCAAGUGAUCGACGACAGCAACUCCACACUGCCUGCCUCAAUGCGUUGCAUGAGGUCCUAUGAGGUGAGACGGGUAUUAUGUGCUAGAAUGGGCGAGAGAUGACGACGAAGGCAUGUUGGUAGCGUAGCCACAUGACCUUUUGUUAAAAAAAAAAAAAAACGUACCUUGAUUCUGGGUUAUAUAAGCAGAGGGAUGCUGAGCGUGUUUUGAUGUUUAUGCAUCUUCUGUGUUAAAGCAGCAGGGGCUCUUUUAGCUGACAGCGAUCACUUACUUACUUACAGCACCCUGUCUAUCCGUUAUUCAGCAGGGCUUGACUUGUGCUUUUAUCCCGCCUUAAUUCAUUUCAUGAUUCAGAGCUUUUCCGUUAGCGGCGUCGCUCCAGGGUUUAUGUGGGUCAAAUGUAAGGUUUUACUUUUGUCAGCCCGUUUCCAGCUUCUCUAUACCUGUAAUUGUGCAACAAAAGAAAAGUGUAUAUUUAGCUUGAGUUGCCGAGUUUUCCUUUGACUGGAAAAUGAGAGGUGUGUUCACUUUGCUGACAUCUCCAUUCUCCUAGCCCCUUUUUAAACACGGUGAUGGGUAAUUAGCACCAUUAUCCUCCACUUCCUGCUCCAGAAAGUUUAGCAACUGACUCCCACCACUUCAACGAGCUUUCCAUCUGCUAAAAAGUACGAGAGCUGGGAUAAUAUAUGGCAUCUGCUGCAUCAGACCUUUUAAUAAAGGACAUCUGUGGUUGGAGGUCAUGUGAUGCUGCUGUUAUGUGAGCCCAGACAGGAGGUGUUCAGAUUAGACUGCAAGCCCUCAAGUGGCGCAACACAUUGAAGAAGCAAUACCUCCUGGCCACGAAAGUAUAUUUUGUUUGUGUAAAGACUUCACAUUAAUAACACAUUAAUAACACAAUCGUCCUGUGUGAAGACGAAACAUUAAAGGGACUGGUGGUCUUAAUUUUGACGGACAUCUCCACUACAUCACACUUAAAAUGUUGAUACGAGAACAGCUAGCUGCGUGCUCCAAGAACAGUGCUAAUCCUUUAUUUACAUAUCUUCUUCAUGGAUCAUCACCUAGUGAGGGUGCCGACUUAUUUCUGUUUGUUUUUUUUGCCUGUGACGGCUUAAGCCUCAGUCUUCAAGUCCGCUGGUAUACAUAAUCAAAGGUUUCUGGUUUACUCUAACAACGAUGAAUGAGAAGCAGACUUUCUGAACUCAUCUGAUAUAACACGAGCUCAGAGAGACAAUGCUAGGAUGUCACUAUCGCGCUGUGAUCUGUCUUGUUGGAAUGCCACAAUAUGGAAACUGAAAUUCAGCUGUAUGUCACCUUAAAAGAAGUGGAUAUAGGAAAAGAGGGCUCACUUACACCACAAUGUCACUCUAAUUAUUUCACCCCCUGUACGCUCCUCUCAAUACUUACUGUGGUUUUGCUCUGACGCCGCAAGCCCAGAGGAUGACAAACUGUGACUCGUCUCGCACAUUGUGGUACAAUGAUGAAUAGUAUUGUUGUUUUCUGAGGUAACGACAUGACAGAGGUGGGCGGGGGGGGGGAAAUUAAGCUCUGCUGAAAUGGAGAAGGCUACAGAUAGAGCGACCCAGACACAAGACACAGUAUCUGUCUGGUGGCGGAAGCGGUUAGAGCAGUAAAGUAGAGUGUGAUGAAUGGACACACUUGAACACUUCCUGAUAGUAGAAGCUUGCUCUAUAGGCGAGUGAGGACGGGACGGUAAUGUGAUCAUAGGCCCGUCUAGAAUUACCGGAGAUGGUCGUGGAGCGUCUGAGAGUCCCCAUUUAAGAUGCUGUGUGGAAAGUAAAAACUGGAGAUUUCAGAUGAGUGGGGGGGGGAAAAGAGGAGCAGAGAGGCUGGCUGUUGUGAGCUAUGGUUUUCCUACUGUACAUUUUGCCCACCUACUUCCUCGCUGUAAUGGUGCUAACAAUAUCUCCAGAGGGAUAGAUCCUUACAAUUCUAAGUCACUUACUUUGAAGAGAAAAUGAAGACCUCCUCAGGUUCAGGUGGAGCUUUAUGCUUUGUGAGAUCACUAAACUCUCUGUACUAAUGGACUUUUCUUCAUGGCAUUCUGAUAGGUUUGAUAGUUCUGAUUAAUGAAUGACUGCUGAAUUCCAUUUAGCUGCUUCAGUGUCAGGCUCCUGGUAUUGUGCAUGCUAGCUCACUGCCACACUGUCAUGUCUUACUGGGACACUUUAAUAGAACAGAGCCACCGUUAAUGUUAUGAGUUAAACAAGUCAAAAUGUCUGCUGUGAAGACGGAGUCUGCCGGCACCCUGGAACUGGCUCACCUGAAUGGCAUGCAGUCGUUAUGGUGAUUAAUUACACCUGUGCUUUUCCUGCUAUGAUGCCAGAAUGUCUGCCAUGAAAAAGGCAAUGAAAAAGGCUAGUGCAACUUUAACAGCUGCAAUAUACAGUAUAUAUAUACUGUAUACAUAACCCCGACUGGUCGCCGAGACAACCUCACAUUCUGUGAUAAUGUAUAUUUAUAAAGACUUAAGUUAAAGUUAUAGGUGGAUCUCAGCGACUGAUACAGUUUUUAUCAGCACAAUGUAAGAGUACCAACUCCAACAGCCCAACCCAUCUAUAACACAAAGUUUGCAGGUAACUGUUUUGGUGUGUGUGUGUGUGUGUGUGUGUGUGUGUGUGUGUGUGUG